AUGCGUGCACUCGGCUUUCCCCAACAAAUAUCGUUGGAAAGUUUUCGUAAUCCUAACUGGGAUUUAGUAGAAGAAUGUUUGAGGUGGUUGGCGGCGAGAAUCGAACCUGAUGCCGCGCUGGCCGGGGGGAAAGACUCUGUAGAGCAACGUGUCGCUAUGGUCACACAUGCUAUUGAAUUAUUCCAUUCACGAGCCAACCUAAAGUUGAACGGUAAGAAGAUCUACGGUGCGGAUGGGUGGGCGGUGCGGGAGCUACUCAAAGUAGCCAAUCUUCUCCGAUCGGCUUUGGAGGCACGUAGUAACGAUGACGCAUCUAUUGACUCCAACCCUCUGGUUUAUGAUGUUAGCAAUCGUAUUAGUGAAAUAAAGGAAGCCCGAAGUCUGGCGACAGAUAUCACAGCGCAAGGAGCCUUUCUAUACGAUUUGCUAGGGAAAGAGCCCGAGAACAAGGAACAUCGUGACAAAGCCCUGUCACGUCAGCUCGACAUGUCGUCCCUGCAGGCAGCGCUGACGCGCGCCGCGCAGGCGGCGGCGGCGCAGGUGGCGGCGGCGCGCGCGCAGAUAGAUAACGUGGCCUCCAGCGAGGCCGCCCUCGACGCCAAGCUGGAGAGGCGGAGGGCCGAGCUGCAGAGGGCGGAGAAGAGGUUGCAUACAGUGCAGAAGAUAAAUGUCUAUGAUGACGAUUGUAAAGAUGGUGAAGGUGGUCUACAUAACACAGAUAUUGGAAGACACAAG